AUGUACUACAUCACGGGCGUGGAGCUGCGCCAGCGCGCGUACGAAGAGGACGAAUACAAGAAAGCCGAAGAGUACAUUCGCCGGCAGCUGGGUCAGCGCUGCAGCCGCCUACACUGGCGGACGAUGGAUCUCCACGCACCUCAUACCGCGGCGGCGCUAGCCGACACUCCCCAUCGCCGCCACUACGCGUACGAUCGACUAUUCACGGCUGCUACGGCCGGCCAACGCAACCCCAUCAUCACUCUCCCCGGGCUGGAAGACAUGCGGCGGCGAUGCGGCCUCCCCCCACGCGCGGCCCUCGAGGACGAGGUCGCCUUCGGUGGCGCGGACGACGAUACCGACCACACUAACGAUGACGACCCUAACGACCUCGAAGAUGGCGAGAUCCGCGAGGAGGAGGGCGAGAGCGGCGGGACGGCUAUGGACCCCCGCGGGCCGACCGACGCCACGACCCAGGACGCGCCCGUUGAGUCGUUUAGUGAAGGUAGUGAGACUACGGUAGCCGACGAUAGUAUGUAUGGCGAUAAGGAUGGCGCGGCCGAGGACAACACGGACGACAAAGAGGCGAAGGAGAUUAGUGACAGCCCCACCACGCCGCACAGCGAGCUAGUGGAUCGAGGACGCCCUCUAGUGGCGCUCCCGGAGGACUUAGAUACGGACACGGAUACGGCGGCCGCGAGAGCGGGGAACGAGGAAACGGCGGCGGGCGAGGGCUAG